CGAAGUUGUUCCGCGCUGGGCAGCGGGGCUGGCGGGCGGACCGGGCCGGGCCGGAGGAGAAGUUUUCGCUGCGGCUGCUGAGCGAGGGUGCGGGCCCCCGCAAGCAGUGCACGCCCGCUGCCAUGGCUUUCCGUAGGAGGACGAAAAGUUACCCACUCUUCAGCCAGGAGUUCGUCAUCCACAACCAUGCAGACAUCGGCUUCUGCUUGGUGCUCUGCGUCCUCAUCGGGCUUAUGUUUGAGGUCACAGCCAAGACUGCCUUCCUAUUUAUCUUACCUCAGUAUAACAUUAGUGUGCCUACAGCAGAUAGCGAGACAGUCCACUACCACUAUGGCCCAAAGGACCUGGUCACCAUCUUGUUCUACAUCUUCAUCACCAUCAUCUUGCAUGCUGUGGUACAAGAGUACAUCUUAGACAAAAUCAGCAAACGGCUUCAUCUCUCCAAGGUCAAACACAGCAAGUUCAAUGAAUCUGGACAACUGGUCGUCUUUCAUCUCAGCUCGGUGGUAUGGUGCCUCUACGUGGUGGUAACGGAAGGAUACUUAACGAACCUGAGAAGCCUCUGGGAAGAUUACCCACAUGUGUACCUCUCCUUCCAGGUGAAGUUUUUCUACUUGUGUCAGUUGGCCUACUGGCUGCAUUCGCUACCUGAACUUUACUUCCAGAAGGUACGGAAGGAAGAAAUCCCCCGCCAGCUGCAGUACAUUAGCCUGUACCUGCUUCACAUUGCUGGGGCAUACCUCUUAAACUUGAGCCGCCUGGGCCUCAUCUUGCUGCUGCUGCAGUACUCAACGGAGUUCCUCUUCCACAUGGCUCGACUCUUCUACUUCGCAGAUGAGAACAACGAGAGGCUGUUUAACGCCUGGGCUGCUGUGUUUGGGGUCACACGCCUCUCCAUCCUCACUCUCGCCGUGUUGGCCAUUGGCUUUGGAUUGGCUCGGGUGGAAAACCAGGUGUUCGACCCUGAGAAAGGGAACUUUAACACCUUGCCUUGCAGGCUCGGCAUGCUGCUGCUGGUGUGUGUUGCCCAGGCCUGGCUCAUGUGGCGCUUCAUCCACUCGCAGCUGCGGCACUGGCGGGAAUACUGGAAGGAACAGAGCGCUAAGCGCAGAGUCCCAGCUGCCUCCAGGCUUCCAGCCAGGCCCAUCAAGAGGGAACCUGGUUACCAUGAAAACGGUGUGGUGAAAGCAGAGAAUGGAACCUCCCCACGGACUAAGAAACUCAAGUCUCCCUAAGGCCAAAGUGCUGAGAACGGGAUCCACUGGUUGAGGGCCCAGCGGGAGGUGAGAAGCACUGACUCCAGCUCUGCCUCUCCGUCCUCCUCGCCGUGCUCCGUCUCCAUCAGCAGAAACCUUGGCGUCACGGGGGGGGGGGGGGGGGGUAGCUCUUGACCUUCUUGGCUUUCUCUUCUUCCACAAACCAUUUUCAAUAAAGCCAAAAAUCUUCCUCUCUUGCUCCCUUGAGCCACCUCCUGGCCUCACCUCUGUCCUGUUUUGGGUCUUCUCAGAGGCCUAGAUUUUCCUACAUGUCUUUCUCGCUCACCUCUUUCUCUUCCUUCACGGCUGUUUCUCUUUCUCCUCACUUCCUGACUUCAAUGUGCAAUUCCUCUGAUUUUUUUUUUUUUUUUUACAAUGAGAGGGAGCUAAGAUGGCAGCGGUCCUGUCCGUCAGUCCCAGGACCUGUCUAUCUGGAAGCCCCUUGCCAAGGAGCUUCCCUCAGAGCUGGUGGCAGAUCCUCAGUGGCCUUUGUGUGGAUGGGCAGGAGAGAGAAAGGUCAUCCCUCUUGGAUCACAACAUUCUUGGUGCUGACUGACUGACAAGAUGUAGGAUUCUGGUUCUACACGUCCCAUCCCCAAGUGGUUUGCUUUGGGACACAGUGACUUUAUCCAGAAAGACAGUGUUAAUUAACUUUUGAGUCCCAGGACUCCAAAGAACUUCCAGUGCUGCAUUUGAGUUGGAAACCAGCCUGCCUUCACUCUGGGGGGAUUGUGCUAAGAACAUGCCUUCUUCCCACUUCUACCGCAAGAGCAAAGCAUGGCAGACGGCGGCCUCUCCUGGAAAGGUGGCUUGGCGAGGACAAAAGAGUCCGUCUGGACCUUUCUCCAGCUGUGCCAGCAGCUGGACUUCCUUAACCCGCCCACCAGCAUCCAAAACCAAAACAAACAGCAGUUACAAACCUGCCCAAGAUACGCCGCUCCCAAGUCCAGAAGCAGCCUGCCCAUAUGGGACUGGAUAUGCAUCUAAGACUUCAUCUCCCGACCUGCAGAAACGUGAAGCCUCAAGGCCUCCAGUCCUGUGUGGACCCCUGGUGUCCCCAGGAGGGUCACCUGGCCACCCUUCCUCUGGCUGCACCUGAGUGUUCUUUAAAAUUGUGUCCUUUGCUGACAUUGUCGAGCACACCUAGAGCAUGGUGAUGGGGCAGUGUCUCAGGGUCACUCUUCCGGCUGUGUGAGCAGACACAGUCCUGUCCACAGGAGUCUUCUUCUGACGUCAUAGUAGAGACCAGAGCUUGAAUUUUUGCCCAUAAACAGGGAGAUGGGUCUUCAUCAAGGCAGCUUCCUCUCUCCAAGUCUCUAACAACGUGUGUAAAGUGUAACUUACCAGUAUUUGAGGAAUUUGAUUCCAAACAUCACUGUAGCAUUCUUUUCCCCUCUGUGUCCAGGAUAAGCAUACAGAAUAGGGAUAAGAUUCUCUUGGCUUCUUCUGGGUGCACGUAGGAAGCAAGGCAGAAUUUUGAAAGUACAUUUCUGCAUUCUCUCUCUCUCUCUCUCCUUCCCGGGCUCUUGGCAGCCCUCACAGAGUUGGUCUGGCACUUUUUAGCCAGUGUAGCCCAAUAUUCUGGUUGUGAUUUUAAUUGAGCUCAUGCUUGUGAAACUGCCUAGAGCUGUGUGGAGGUUCAGCCAGCGGUUCCCAAAUCCACCUCACGCCGUUAGUCUAGGUGUCCUCCCGGACCCUCCCCCAGGCUAUGGCACUGGCAGGCCAUUACCAGCUAUUGGCAACAGUUUUGUCGCCAGGCUGGGCUGUUGAUACUUGUGACAAGCAUGUGAUAUGUAGAGGUCUUGCAGAAAGAGGUACAGAGAGCAGGUGACAUUCUGGAUCCAGCAGCCUCGUCACUGUGUGUGGGUUUCUGUUAUUCUCUCCCGGGACACUUGGAGGCCUGACAUGAUGUGGCUUCAUUCCUUAAAUGUCUUGCAAGCUUCCCGUGUUGCUAGUCUGUGGGAUGUAUUAACAGGGACCCAAUAUCUGGAUUGAUGUAGGCUCUUCUAGAACAUAAGAAUUUGGUCAAUGGUAGGAGUUAGGAUAGUGUUCAUUUCCAGAGAAAAGGCCCGAGUCCAACGGCCAUACCUCACCAGCCUCGACUUCAGGGAUGUUUGUUGGCUUAGGAAAACGACAGGCUACUUUCUCAUCCACCCAGGCUCUCUGGAAUCGGUGUUGUAGGAAAGCUAAGACUUUGGUAAGUUGUCACAAAUCAUAUUGCCAGAAUUCCAGUAACCAAGUUCCACAUCAUCCUGUAAGCAUGCAGGCUAGCUUGUACUAAUUUGAGCACCGUGGCCUCAUUCUUCGUUCUUACCAAGUCUCUCCUGUCCCCAAAGUGCCACAACCCUAGUGAAGGACCUGCCACACUCCUCUAUUCUAAGAUGCUCGGCAGCAUCCUCCAAGACCAGAAGAUGCUCUUCUCUACCUCAGCAGCCAUUGCCUGUUUCUCAGCAUCCCUGGGAUGCCAGCAGGCGGGAGUGGCAGGAGUGGUGGAUGGUGAAGUCCCUGCUGCCAGUUGCCCUCCUCAGAGGAUUGAUGAUGGGACGUUUAUUUUUACAAGUUGUCCAGGCAUGGGUGCCUACACUAUGAGUAAGCUCUGUGUGCUCCUCCUACAGCCCAGUGGUUCUGGAGGUUGUGGGAGAGCAGCAGACUAAAGCUAGAAAGGGAGGCUCUCUGCCAGUGCAGUUAGUCCUAUCCCUGUGUGCCUAGAUGGUUAUGGCUAGCACCACCUAACCUGUCUAAGGGUGACCUUAAAUCACUUAAAUUUAGAUGCCUGUGCCCUGGCUAUGGACACCAUGCUUUUGUGGAAUACCUGGGACCGUGUGAGCCCAUGAAGGUAGAUGCCUCCUCCUUUGUCCCCUUUGGCAUUUUUCCUGAGUAGUUAAAAAGGGGCGUGGGGAGCAGAAAGAGUGCAUUCUCCAAAAAACGUCUACAAUGUUCAUGUAAAUUCCCUACAUCCUUAAAGAAAUCCACUGACUCUUUCAGCUAGGGAAGGCCUUUGUAUGUGUUUUUUUGAUGGGCUUCAGCCUUCCCAGCUGGGUUUGCAGAAGUCCGGCAUGGGAGAAAGUAGAGGGUCUAGGUACAGCUAACCUUCUCUGCUUACAGGCCUCCGAGUCUCUAGCAGACAAAUUUACAUUCUUGAUCUCUGCCCUCUGUGCUUCACUGGUGUAGAAUGGACUUAAGUAAGGCCUGUGGGUCAGGACAGUGGGAUGGUCGUCUCCCUUGCACGACCUCCUGAGCUUGCAGCUUCUUUCCUCAAAAGAGGGGCAAUAUUAAUGUCAGAGUUGGAAAUACCCAUAGGCUCCCUCUCCGGCCUUCCGGUAGCAUUAGGAGGACGCUUUCACCAGCCUCUCACCCUUCACCCUGUUGCACAUGCGGACAUUACUUUCAUUGCGCAUCUUUCGAAGCUCCGCAGAUGAGAGGCCAAGUCCUACCGAGCAGCCUCUGUAAACUCUGUUCUUGUUCUUGUCCUCAGCAGGUCCCUGUUCUUUUGUGUAAAAAGUGCCUUAUAAUGCCUUGUGGCCUUCACUGGUACUGUAUGGCCAGCCCCCAACUGCCAGGGCUCUAGGGCUGACUGUCACAUGCAGCCAAUGACACCAUACCUCAGCAUGGCUCCAGGUAAAAGGGACAUGGGUUGACAGUUUUGACCCUCUUCUCCUCACACACAGAUCUCGUGUGUUCUCUUUGUCUCAAGCGUCCCCUUGUCUGUUGCCCUUGGGGUUGGCUGGUGGCUGUGGAAGCUUGGUAGAUGGCCCCACUGCAGGCGCCCAUGUAAUAAGGAAAGCUUGGAGGUUGGGGAGAAGGUCACUUUGUACCUCCACGGCACGCCCCGCUCCUCUGGUCCUCUCACUGCCACCCCAGACUAGAUACAGCAUCCUCCUCCCAGCUGUUGUUCUUCCAUGUCACCCCAAGCUUGUAUAAGGAAUGCAUUCACUUGGACUUCUGGGUCCAAGUCUUAGCUCAUCGGAAACUUGCUUGGAAACAAACUACCUAUGGUCUGGUAGCUGCCAAGCUCCUGGUUUCCUGUCAGGGUUACCUUGUGUUCCUAGCACCAGCCCCCUCCCUGACCCUUGCCUACCUGUCUACCUGUUCCCAGUCCUCUUCCGGGUUGUGCAAUAACCCUCCCAACCAGUGGUCUUUCCCACAGGCCUUCGUCCCUUGCUGUAUUGGGCAGAGUGGGAGAGAGAGGACCCAUGGGAGGGGUAGUCGUCAUCCCUUGUACCAGAGUCAGCCUCCUCCCUUGUCGCUGUCAUUCUCGUGGUCCGGGUGGGUUGCUGUGGCAGUCUUCUAGAAUGUGUAGCAUUGUCUUAGAGAUCCUUAUUUUUUUUUUUUAAAUGUGUUGAAAGGAAAAACAAAAUCCUCAGGCUGGGACAUUAUCCCUGUCUGGGAAUAGGGUCCGCUCUGGUGUUGCCAGCAUCACCCUCACCACGGAAGGCAUUCCAGAGUUUUUGUCCCUGUGGGGAGGAUGGAGAUUAUAUCCAAGAAUCAGCCACAGUGGUGAGCGCUGCCCCCCACCCUCCCACCCAGGACCUGGCUGUGACCGUGAGUGCUGUCCUUCUUUGGGGCACAGAUUGGCGUGUGAGGAAACCUCACUUUUCAGUUACCCUGUUUAACAAAACACCUGGAGGAUGAGAAGAGGAGCUGGUGCCCUGGGCAACGCAGAAUGCAAGUGUGGACACAUGGACUGUUUCUCUACGUUAACCUGUUCGUGUUAUGGACCAAAUUCAACAAGGAACUCAAGGAAAAUGUGUAACUGAGUAUUUAUGCUUUCGUAUAAAACAGUUGGGGGGAGGGGUGUCUUUUUACUUUUGGUGAAUUUUUUUUUUCAAAGUCCUUUUUGCGCUGUUUCUCUCUGGUUUUUGGAAACAAGCUACAGUUUUGUAUGGAUUUUUUAAAAUGUAAUUUUGGAACAAAUGAUCAAAUAUUUUCUGAAAUACCUGAAUAAAGAGCAUAGAAUUAUUGGUCAUAACCA